UCGGAUUCGUAGGUGCUCUUCUGAUUGCAGUUAAAAUGGAUUCAAAAAAUACAAGUUUGAGGGAACCAGUUUGUAUUGAUGAUGAAGUAUUUUUUGGACCCAUUGGAGAGACUGAGAUAAAAGUCAAAGGAUCAUUUGCAGAAAAUUUAUGUGAUAGUUCUACAAAUAUUCUCAAAAAGAAUUUUGUGGAAGAGAAAAAUGAUGUAUCAGAUGACGAAUAUCAAAAACAUGAAACAUCUUCUCUUUAUAACAGUUUUUCAAUGGAAAAUAGCAAGUAUGAGAGUUUUGAAGACAGUCUGGAUCAAAGAUAUUGUGCUUCAGGCUUAUCAGAGCGUUUGAAUGACAGUAUUAGGUUGGCUCAUAGCAGACAACGAAUGAAAAAUACUGUUUUGUAUGAUAGCUUGGAAGACAUAUGUUCACUUGCAUCCAACAUUGAUAGAGGUAGUAUUUCUGCCGAUAUAGAAAAUGUAACAAAUCUUUUAGAAAAACAGUUUAUAAGUGAGGAUUCUUUAAGGAAUGUCCCAGAAAACAUUUUGAACAAAGAAUCAAAUCCUAAUGAGCAUCUUCAUUUUGAUGAGGAUUCUUUAGCUAUUUUUGAACAUGAAAAGACUUUUGACGACAGUUUAGAGGAAUUUAGUGAAGUACAGAAGUUGCAUAUUUCAGAAAGCAUGGAAUGUGUAGAAAAACAAAGUAUAUUUGUGCAAGAAAUAAAUGAAAAUGCUCCAGGGAUAACAAGAAAUCUUUUUGAAACUUCUGUGGAUGUUAUUUAUGAGAAGAAUGAAAACUUUUUAACCUUUGAAAAGAAAAUUCUUGAUGAAAACUGCACACAGCUUAAUUCCUUUUCUAAAUGUGAUAGUACUGACAAUUUUAAAGAUAGUUUAGAUGAAUCACAGCAUUCAUCUCUUUCUGGAAAAGAAAAUGUUAUUAAUGAUGAACAUAAUGAAAAUAAAUCUGUGCCUGCAAACACAGCUGAUAUAAGUUCUUUAGUUGUAUCUGAAGUGAGCAGAUCUUUAAUGCCACCUAUUUUUGAAAACUGUGCAUCUGAUUCUGUAAAAAUAGUUUGCAACACUGCUACUUGCAACUCUAAUAUAGUUAAUCAUACAAUUGAUGAAAAAUGUACUCUCAAAAAAGAGGUUGAUAUAGGUAAUAAUUGUUGUACUAAAUGUGUAUCACAAGAUAAAUAUGAUUGUAAACCACAUGCUAAUUCAAAUGAUGUUUUAUGUUUUGAUAACCAUGGUAGCUUAUCUUCAAAUCAUGAGCUUGGUAUGAAAAAUAAUAUAAAAAGCGAGAAAGUACAAUGUUAUGAUGAGAAAAUUAGCAACCAAGAUUAUAGUAAGCAGAAGUCUAUGCAAGAUACUGAUCCAAAUACUGCUGCUUCUGUAUGUGGUAAUGCUGAUUUGAAUGGAAAUUCAAGUGAUACAAAUUUGCCACAAAUCUCUAAUAAAACUAACAUUAUUGAGGAUUAUGAUGACAGGGACUACUUUAAUCAGUCUAACAAUAAUACAAAGAGAAGUGCAAGAAAAUGCAAAUAUUUUAAUGACGGAAAAUCAUCACUAGAACUUUGUGAUCAGAUAUGGUAUACGAAGUCAAAUGAUACUAUUUAUAUUGAAGAUGAGGAUUUUGAGAGUCCAUCUAAAGUAUACAUGAAUGCAGUCUUGAAUAAUAAAACAAAUCAAGAUCAAAUAACAGAUACCCAAACUUUUCAUGUUACAGAAGAUAUUUGUGAUUUGAAACCUAAUGUGAAUUCUAAUGAUACAAUAUAUAUUGAUGAUGAUGAUGACGAUGACGUCAAUCAUCAUUUGUGUGCAUCUAGUAAUGUUAAUUUGAAUGAAAUUGCAAAUAAUGAAGUAAUUAACUGUGACCAAUUAAUACAUGCUUCUAAAUUUGUAGUUUCAGAACCAUCACAGCAGACCUAUAGCCAUAAAUCAUGCAUCAACUCAAAUGAUACAAUAAUAAUAGAAGAUGAAGACUCUUUCAAUGUAUCUCAAGUGAUUAAAAAAGAAAUUUCAAAUGAUAAAAAAAAAGACGAGCAAUUAACAAACAUGCAAAAUUUUGCAUGUGCUUCAGAGCCUCAGGACGUGUGUGACCAAAAACCACAUUUAAAUUCAAAUGAUACAGUUUUUAUUGAUGAUAAUGAAGAUUGCAGUUAUUCAUCAUCAAAUAUUAAACCACAUGGGAAUUCAAAUAAUACUAUAAUUAUUGAUCAUGAUGAUUGCAUAUAUCCAUCAUCUGAAUUUAAUAUCAAUGAAAUUUUGAAAAUCAAAGAAGAAAAAGUUAUUGAAGGAAAAGAUUCAAUUUUUCUAACAGGAGAAAUAUUGAACUCAAUGAGUAAUCACACUGAAUUGACCGAAAGGUGUGCCAAAUCACCUAGUAAAUCUUAUCAUAAUCCUAGAUUUGUAGAAGAGUUUUCAAAAGGUGAUUUAUGCAGAAGUAAUUUUGAGAAUGCAAGUCAGCCAAGUAGGCUCGCAACUCAAAGUAAUAAUUUGGAAAAUGUUCCAGGAACUGACUGUCGCAUAGUAAUAAACGAUCAGAGUUUUAAUUAUGCAAACGACGACAUAGAAACUUUACAUAAAAAAUUGACAUCUGAUUUAAAUUUGAAGUUGCAAGUACAACUUAAAAUUGGAAAUGUACAGUGUCAAAUUGCAGCAUCAGCUAUUGAGCUAAAGCCUGUUGAAUCUGAAGAGUGUGCUGUGGAUAGUAAAUCAGAUUUAAUUAAAGAAUGUAAAUAUGAAAACAUAAAAACAUCAGUAAAACAUUGCAUUCCCAGAGAAAUUUCUAGUCCUCAAAAACUUGAUAAAAAACUUGCAUCUAGAAGAAAGAGUGAUGAUUCUAAAAAGUUUCAGAAUAAUUCAAGUGCUAAUAAAACAUAUCUGGUACAUGCUUUAGAUUUACAUGAUACCUCACUGAGUUUUAGAGAAAGCACAAGAAUACAGUCUAAGGAUUCUAUUAUCCCACUGAAUCUGUGUACAAGAGAAAAUUAUUUUGAAAUGUCAAAUUUGAGAACUGAAAGUAAAGAGAAUAUUCCUGCAUGUAAGACUCCAUUUGAUGUUUUACAGAGAAAAGUCAUUGCAUCUAAUAAUAAAUAUAAGAAUCAAUACACUUUUAAACAAAAUAAGAUAUCUCCUUCAAAAAUGUUUUCAGCUAAAACUCCUACUAGUGAAAAUAAGCAGCCCAGUUAUUUGAAGAAAUCUUCUGGUACAAAGAUUCCCAUUCGAAAAGCUGAUAAUGAUGUUACACCAUCAAAAAGGACUCCAAAAGCAGGGGUAAAAAAUGUAUCGUCUCCCUUAAAAUACAAUAUACCUGCGGUCAAAUCGGUUAGAAAGUGUAGUCCUUCUGAUAAAAUGCCUUCUGAAUUGAUAACUCAUAAUAAAACUCCUCAUUAUUGCAUUCCUCAUUCUAAUUCCAGUUCUAAACUUCCAAAAUCUGCUCAAAUGCUUUCAUCAAAGAAAUAUCAAAAUAUUGAGAGCCCUGUAGCAAAGUACAUCAGAAAUGCAAAAACUCCGAAAAAUAUACGUCCAUUUACUGGAAGGCCUUUAAAUUUUAAUUCACCAAAUCCUUAUGUGGAAAGUGCUGUUCAUGAAUCAGCUGUAACUCCAAAAGUUCACCCUGAAUGGAAAAGGAACAAAAAAUAAUUUUAUGAAGAAUUUUAGAAGUCUUGAAGAUAUAUAUAUAUAUUUGAAGCUUUAAUUACAUUUCUUGCUGUUCUUCAAGAUACGAAAUAAAAAGUGAAAGGCAGCUUUAGUCAUGUAUAUGAGAAAAUAUUUUUAUUGUAUUAUUCUUGCAUGUAAACUUUUAUUAUGAUAGAACAAUUUCUUAAUUUGAAAAGCUAGUUUUUGCUUACCAGUGAGUAAAUUAGUUUGCUUAAGAAUGUAUACUGAAUUCUUUCCAUCACCUAAUAUUUUAGAUUAUAUCUGUAGAUUAGUUUGUAUUUUAUUUUUUGAAAUAAUAAAGUAAAUUUUCUCUUAAA